AUGGCCUUCCACACACUGCUGGACCAGGUGGGCGGCCUGGGCCGCUUCCAGCUGCUGCAGGUGGCCUUCCUCUGCCUCACCUGCUUCCUGGUGUGCCCGCACAUCCUCCUGGAGAACUUCACGGCUGCCGCGCCCGUGCACCGCUGCUGGGUGCCCGCCCUGGACAACCGCACCGGCCUCCUCGCCGGCAACCUCACCGGCCACCUCGCCGGCCACCUUGCCGGCCUCCUCGCCGGCAACCUCACCGGCAACCUCACCGGCCACCUCGCCGGCCUCCUCGCCGGCCUCCUCGCCGGCAACCUCACCGGCCACCUCGCCGGCCACCUGCUGCGGGUCUCUGUCCCGCUGGACUCGGACCGGCGGCUGGAGGGCUGCCGCCGCUUCCGCCACCCCCAGUGGCAGCUCCUGCACCCCAACGGGACCGGGACCAACGCGAGCGAGGCGGCCACGGAGCCCUGCGCGGACGGCUGGGUGUACGACCCCAGCACCUUCUCCUCCACCAUCGUGACCCAGUGGGACCUGGUGUGUGAAGCUGAGACUCUGCGGUCCAUGGCCAAGUUCUCGUUCAUGGCGGGCAUGCUGGUGGGCGGGGCCGUCUUCGGCCACCUGUCCGACAGGUUCGGGAGGAGGCUGAUCCUGCGCUGGUGCUCCCUGGCGCUCGCCAUCGCCGAGACCGGCGCGGCCUUCGCGCCCCUGCUGGCCGUGUACUGCGCGCUGCGCUGCCUGGCCGGCUUCUGCAUCAUGGGCGUCCUCAACAACAGCUCGGUGCUCAUCAUGGAGUGGACGGCGCUCCGCUUCCAGGCCCUGGGGGUGACCACGACCAUCGGCGCGGCCAGCGUGGGCCAGCUGCUUCUGGGGGCCGUGGCCUUCGCCGUCCGCGACUGGCAGACGCUGCAGCUGGUGUACUCCCUGCCGCUGUUCGUCCUGUUCCUCUCCUCCAGGUGGCUGGCAGAGUCCGCCCGGUGGCUGAUCACCGCCAACAGGCCGGAGGAGGGCUUGCGGGAACUCAGAAAGGCCGCCCGCAUGAACGGAAGGAAGGAGGCCGGAGACGCCCUCACCAUGGAGGUUUUGAGGGCCACCAUGCAGGAGGAGCUGGAGGCGGCGCAGACCAAGCCUCCUGUGUCUGACUUGUUCCGCACGCCCAACAUGCGUGCGAGGAUCUGCCUCCUGUCCUGCGUGCGGUUUGCGAACUUCAUGCCGUUCUUCGGCCUGAGCCUGCACCUGCAGCACCUGGGCAGCAACGUGUUCCUGUUCCAGGGCCUCUUCGGCGCCAUCACCCUCCCGGCCAACUACGCCGGCCUGCUGGCCAUGAGCCGCCUGGGCCGGCGGCCGAGCCAGGCGCUCUUCCUGGUCCUGCUGGGCAGCGCCAUCCUGGCCAUCACCUUCGUGCCUCGAGACAUGCAGACCCUGCGCGUGGCCCUGUCGACGCUGGGCGUGGGGUUUUCGUCAGCGGCCAUCAUGUGCUCCCUGGCCCACGGGAACGAGCUCAUCCCCACCGUCGUCAGGGCCACGGCGUCCGGGAUCGUGGCCAUGGCUGGUAACAUCGGGGCGGCCGUGGCCCCCCUCCUGAUGAUCCUGGCGGCCUACUCCCCCCACCUGCCCUGGAUCCUCUACGCCGUCUCCUCCUUCGUCCCCAGCCUGGUCGUCCUCCUCCUCCCUGAGACCCGGAACCGGCCUCUGCCCGACUCCAUCCAGGACGUGGAAAAGGAGAGAAAAGGCUCCAGAAAAGCAGAAGAGCAAGACGCCUUCAUAAAAGUGACCCAGUUUUAA